GUCCGCAAAGGGACGCCGAAGGCGAAGGCUGCGACUGAAGACAGGCGCGCGGGUCGAAACGUCUGCUGCCAUACUCUCCACCCCAUCUCCCAUCACAGUUAUCCGGUUCCCGGCGUCUGACAUUAUGCGGCGAGCGGCGACGGCGGCUGUGCUGGUGGCCGUGGCGGCGCUGAUGACGCGGCCGUGGACGGCGCGCGCCUUCCCCGACGGCGCGCCCGUGGACGCGUGUGUGAAGCCACGCCCCAACCAGCCAUACCACGGACAAGCGCGGCCUGGGGACCCGCGAGACAACCCCUUCUCCAUCGUCGCCUCGGACGAUCGCUACGGCCCUGGAUCCAAGAUAACCGUGACCAUCGAGGGCGGCCGCGGCGAGCCCUUCCGGGGCUUCUUCGUGCAGGCGCGCGACGCGGCCACGGGGGCGUGGCUGGGCACGUGGGAGGAGCACCCGCCCUACACCAGCGGGCUGCCCGAGUGCGCCGCCAUCACGCACGGCGACAACCGGGACAAGGCGCGCGUCACGCUCACGUGGCAGGCGCCGAGGGGUGCCAGCGACGGCGGUCAGGUCUACUUCACGGGCUCGGUGGUGCAGGACUACGCGACCUUCUGGGUCGACAUCGUCUCCAGGGUAGCGUGAGCGACGGUCGAGUCCCGCCACGUCAUCGCCUACGUCAGAGCUGCCGUCCCGCCAAUCACAAGCCAAAGCCGCCCGCCGCCUGUCCAAUCACAGUCGACUACGUUUCUACCACUGUCUCACUGCAGAGACUAACACACACACACACACACACACACACACACACUUUAUGGAAGUUACUAUGGAGCGACAAUUGGCGUCUGUAGCUUAUUGAUAGUGAGCGUAAAUACUUGACUGCAUCAGUGCAAAAUACAGCCAAUGCGUAACCAGAAAUCUCUUCAACUAAUUGCUCCCUUUUGGAAGAACAGGCUCAGAAAUAUGUCAGUGCUGUCUAAGCCCAUAGAUUUUACAGCCACAGAUUCUCUUGAAUGUUUCUCUAAACCUGAAUACAUCAUUUCUUAAACCCAACAAGGAUAUUGGAAAUUGCGAGGUGUGUGAGAAAAGUAACGAAACUGAGUUUUUAUCUACCAACGCUUUCAUUCUUUUCAAACAACAGGGUCCUUUAACACAUCCUUCACAUUGUUUUGAAUGUUCUCCAGAGACCCAAAAUGACGUCCUUGUAAGACUUUUUCAAUUUCGGGAAGAUAGGAGACAAGGUACUGGCAGAAGUAAAAUCUAUGAGGUCGGGGCUUCAGGCGUACUUAGAUAGCUCAGACGGUAAAGCACCUGCCUGCGAAAGGCAAAGGUCCCGAGUUCGUGUCUCGGUCUGGCACACAGCUUCAAUCUGCCAGGAAGUUAAUUUUCAUAUCAGCGCACACUCCGCUGCACAGUGAAAAUCUCAUUUUGAAAAGAAAAAAAAGUCAUAAGAACUCAGAUCAGGUAAACAGGGUGGCUGCAGAACAAUAGAAAUAAUUCCGUGACGGAAGUGGCCGUGUGACAUCGGGUGUUGUCAUGUUGAAGCAUCCCUUGUUUGCAGUCUUCAGUCUCACCCAAUUCACCCUUUACCUGAGCUUUUCAAGGGCAUCUUUACAAAACCGUUGCUUGACAUUUUGUCCUGGAGGAAUAAAUUCUUUAAGCAAGAUACCACUACUCUCAAAAAAGACAAAUCUUCAUUGUUUUGAUCUUUGACUUCCUCAUUCAAGCUUUUUUCGGCAGAGGAGAUGUCUCGUUGUGCCACUCCUCACAUCGCCGCUUUGUCUCACGAUCGCACCCAAAAGUCCAGGGUUCAUCACCUGUGAUCACCCGACCGUACCAUACGUGGUCGUUGUCAGUCCUCUCAAGAAGAUCAAGGCACUCAUUUCUCUGAUUGUCAUUGUGUUCAGUUGUGAGGUUUUUCGGCACCAUUUUGGCACAAAACUUUCGCAUGUGCAUAACGUCAGUCAAAAUUUGAUGUGUGGUACAGUGUUUAACAGGUCAACCAUAAUCCUGAUUGUUAAAUGUCGGUCUGAUCUCACAGCAGCACGCAAACGUUCAACGUUUUCGUCAAUUUCUGACGCUGAAGGUCUCCUCGAGCGAGGUUCAUCUUCAAUGUUUCCUCGCGCCCUCCAAAAAUCAUCUGUCCAAGCGAAAAACUUGUGCUGUUGACAGCAAACGUUCCCCACAUGCCUGUUUUAACAUUUCCAUGGCCACUCUCUCGUAUUCUCCAGCUUUAAGGCAAGAUUGAUUGCAUAACGUUGCUCUAAAUUCCGCUGUUCCAUUCCCGUAACACGCGACAAAAACCCAACUUCACUGGUGUUGCUCUCAAAAAUCACGUGAUGGCUGCACGGAGCUGAAACUCGAACUGAGCAUCCAGUUCCUGGGUAUCGGCACCACUGCUUGAAACCACGUCUGACUCUCUAAGCCAAAGUCGUCCAAAAUACUUUAUAGCUUCCGGUCUACAAAACAACUGCCAUUUUCAAAAACGUGUGAACUGUUUGCAUAUUCUUUUAGCUUUUCCUUCCGAUGAAAACACUGACAGCCAUCUUUACUGGCACCAGCCUAUGACAUUGAUAUACGAAGCCUUUAAUUACGCAAAGUCUCAUGUUUCUUGGCUGGUCCGAUUUUUAAAAAUAUGUUGGACAACUUCACUACAUUUAUCGCGAAGAAUACACCAAAUGCGUUAUAUUACUUACGUUUUGUGCUUGCAACCAAGCACAACCAAAUAAAAUCGUUUUCCGAAUUAGUGAAGUAAUUCAGUAAACUUGUAAUAGAAAAAUAUCGCCGGAUCCGGAAUAGUAACAAAAUGUCCGAAAUGAGAACUGGAUUACAAUGAAAGUCAUUUUAAUACUAAGAAAUCAAAACUAAGGAAAUAUUAUGUCUCACAUUACAGAAACGCUAUGCAUAAAAUCUUCUGUAGCAAAAGGAUUUAUUUCACUACAGAAACCAAGCCACGUUAAGACAAUGCCACGUUACUGUUCAGAAAGAUUCAUCACGUAAACGAAGUACAGCAAGGUUAUCGCAAUUUAAAAAAAUAUAUAGUCAUUGUAACUACUGGUUGUUUAUCAGAUAUUUUAAUUUCUUCUGCAGACAAAAAAAUGUUCAAAUGUGUGUGAAAUCUUAUGGGACUUAACUGCUAAGGUCAUCAGUCCCUAAGCUUACACACUACUCAACCUAAAUUAUCCUAAUGACAAACACACACACUCAUGCUCGAGGGAGGACUCGAACCUCCGCCGGGGCAAGCCGCACAGUUCAUGACUGCAGCGCCCUAGACCGCUCGGCUAACCGCGCGCUGCUUCUGCAGACAAAGUACCUCAUUACGCUACGUACAGUUCAUGAAUUUCUUCAGCUGUUUGUCUCCCAUUCUUCUGAUAAAGGCAUUCCUGCUUGAUCAAUUUAGGAUCUCAGUUGAGAAAUGCAUAUAUACGACUGUCCGUUCACUUCAUCUGUAUAAAUAAUUCAUUUUCCUGGAAUAUCAGUCUCCAAUAAUUUUCAUGUUCUCUUUAUUAUCGCAGCGAGAUACUGCAUUCAGUUUGAUGUUUUUACUUUCUUAUUAAUGAUGUCACUAGUUCCGCUUGUUUUAAUUUUUGUUCAGGACACUUUAAGUCUACUUCUAUAGUGUUAGGCAAUGCUUUCAACUAAUCAUGGUUUUUUUUUUUUUUUUUU